AUGGAAACCAUCAACGCUUACGCGGUGUCACCUUGGACAGAUCGACUGCAUAUGAGAGGGGACUAUGAUAGAGAGAAGGCCAUGAGAAUCGCCAACAGUGCAGAAGGUAUCCUAAUCGCUACUAGCUCGUCCGCCAAGGGUGACAUGGUAGGCAUGGGAGGAAGAUUAAAACUUAUUCUACCAUGGAUCUUCAAUAGCAAUCAAUCAGCAUUAGCUGCUAUUGGAUAA